GGCAGGUCCAGGAAAAGUAUUUAAGCACCGAGGAACUGGGAGACAGAACACAUCCUCCAAAGACAGUCAGGUUAACACAAUGACGUUGCAAGUUUCCGCUCUCUGCAUUCUGCUUGGGAUUGCUCUGGCGGUCUGUCAUGCUGGUGCGUUCCAUGGAUGUUCACAUAACAAACACCAAACCCGUAAUGGGCUCAAGGGUUCUGAGAAAAAGCAGCUAGUGUGCUAUUACACUAACUGGGCCCAGUACCGGCCGGACCAAGGCGCGUUCUUCCCCGAGGACAUAGACGCGGACUUGUGCACUCACAUUCACUACGCCUUUGCCAUUAUUGUGGACGGUCUUCUGGCUCCCUUCGAGUGGAACGAUGACGACACGCCUUGGUCAGAUGGAAUGUACACUAGAGUCAACAAUCUUAAGCAGAAAAACCCAGCACUGAAGACUAUGCUGUCUGUGGGAGGCUGGAACAUGGGAACCCGAAACUGGACUCUGAUGGUACAAGAUGAGUCGUCGAGACAGAAAUUCAUUCAGAACGCCAUCCCCUUUCUGCGACAAAGAAACUUUGAUGGUCUGGAUCUGGACUGGGAGUACCCAGGCUCAAGAGGCAGCCCUCCUGAAGAUAAGGAAAGGUUCACCUCGCUGGUUAAGGAACUGAAGGUGGCCUUCGAAGCUGAGCCUAGGCCAUCGGGUACACCACAACUUCUCCUGUCUGCCGCUGUGAGUGCUGGCAAGGACACAAUUGACGCCGGAUACCAAGUGAACCUCAUUUCAGAAAAACUGGACUACCUCGUCCUAAUGACCUACGACUUCUACGGUGCUUGGGACCCCGUGACAGGACACAAUAGUCCUCUCUACAAGUCGAAUGAUUCAACCUUGGCAAAUAACGAAAUCUUUAACGUGGAUUUUGCAUCCAACUACUGGCUGAAGGGGGGCUGCCCCAGAGACAAACUGUACAUUGGACUGGCCACGUACGGACGGUCUUUCACUCUGAGAGACGAGAGCGACUCUGGACGUGGCGCUCCGGCCGCCGGUGCUGGAGUGGCUGGCACGUACACUCGGGAGGCUGGCUUCUUGUCUUACUACGAGGUGUGCGAAAUGAUCGCAGCCGACGCUAGGGUAGUGACUCUGGAGGACCAGAAAGUUCCUUACCUGGUGCUGGGGAACCAGUGGGUGGGCUUCGAUAACAAGGAGAGUAUUGAAGAAAAGAUUAAGUACAUUCAGGACAAUGCAUUUGCUGGUGGCAUGGUAUGGGAUUACGACUUGGAUGAUUUCGAUGGAGAAUUUUGCAGCCAAGAACGAUACCCGCUCAUCAGUUUGAUUAGCCAGUCUUUGUUGUGAUCGUAACGUGUUGCUGUUGCCGUGUGCUAUCAUUUUUUCUUUCCCAGCAAAUAAAACUAUAAGCACAAGU